AUAACUGCCACGUAGUCGAGCUCGGUCAACCCGAGGGAUUACUGAGGUUAAAUGUGAGGAAGAGUACUGAGACUGCGUACAUGGGCCGUGAGACUCCUCGCUGUUUGCUGCGUUCCUAAUUGGAUGCGCAAGGCAUCAUUGCGUGACUUGCAUCAAACGUCACCUUUGUUGUUUGAUUUCGCAGUUCUUGGUGCUUAUCCCUAUGUGCAAGUAUACGGACAAAAUGCACUGGAAUUUUCAUAAAGUGUCAUUUUUUCUCCUCCAAGCUCUCAUGAUUUUCCAUUGGGUAAGGCCUGGAGGGGCUGCAUAUGAUGAUGACUUGAAUUGCAUGGUUUGUGAAGUUGUAGUGGAUGAAGUGGAGAAGGCUGUUGCUGCUAUUGAUCCAAAAAAAGUGAUUGACUUGGGAGGAAGAUUGCAGGCAGAUGGAUCCCGGAAAACAAUAAAGAAACAGUACCGGAGAUCUGAGCUGCACCUGGGUGAAGUCCUAGAGACAGUUUGUGAGAAGAUGGAUGACUAUGCCCAGGGUCACUGGAAGGAUACAGGCAGGAAAGAUCUGCUGCCAAUCAUCAUUGAUGGUGCCAUGAACCCUAGGAUGUCAGAAUUUGAACUUCUACAAGAUUCAAAUCUGAACAAAGGCAUCAAAGAUUAUUGUCAGACGAUCGUGGAGGAGCAGGAGGACGAGCUGAUGAAGUUCCUGAGCGAGGAGCACGACAACGCCAGCCACCAGUUCUGCUUCCACGAGACCAGCCUGUGUCCGCGGCACAGUCACGGCUCCGACGAGCUAUAACGAGGCUUGCCCGCAGCGCCGGGCUCGCUGUCUCCGAGCCCGGCCCUGCUGCACCUUCGCGACUUUGGGGACUGAUUGACAGACGGUUGUGUAUGGUCCAAUUGGGAGAACUUAGUGAUCUUGCGACUGGGGUGUGAGCUAAACAGAUUAAGUUUUGUGAUGGUGGGGAGUUUUGCACACAGAAUCUGGAUGCACAAUGUGCCCGUGUUCAAGUCGUUGUUUUUUACGAUCUGUUUUACGAUCUUAUGUUUUUUAAGGUAUUUUCGUGAUGCAUCGAUAACUCACGUCAAAGGCUAGCUGUGGUGGGACCAGACCAUGUCUUCCUUGACCUUGUGCUUUGUGGAGAAGGCGGGCAUUUCAUUUUGGGGAAAUGCUGAGGGAACGACGUUUAGAUCGUAAUGUUACGGAAACUGUGCGAUGCGACAUUCUCGAGAAGACAUGCCAGUUUUGUAUUGAAAGACCGCAGAGUUGACGUUAAUAAAUACGUCGCUGUCUGUUCAUA